GCUGCUGGAGGGAGGAGACAGAGCUGGGCUGGUAUAAAACAGGGAAAGGACUGUGUACCAGGCACACAGAGCAGAACAUCCUGAGAGAGAACAGUGGAUCACUGUGGACCUUAACUACCAAACCUACAGGACGUCAAACUUACUGGGCCACAAUGGAAACAGAGAUGAAGGCAGCAGCAGAACAGAUGACAAACAGUGACUUGUCUGAACAAAUCAAAGAGGUGACCAGGGAGAGUCACGUCCGGGCAGAGAGCACAGAGAUGAUGCUGAGCUUCCAGAGAGGACAAGUCAGCCUGGCACAAUAUAAGCUCCUUCUGUGCUCGCUGUACGAAAUCUACCGGGCACUGGAGGAAGAAAUGGACAGGAACUGCAACCACCCUGGUGUCGCACCAAUUUACUUCCCCACAGAACUGGCCAGGCUGGAGUCCAUCGAGAAAGACUUGGAAUUCUUCUACGGCCCCUCCUGGAGAGAAAAGAUUGUUGUACCUGCAGCCACCAAAAGAUACUGCCACAGACUGCGACAGAUUGGUCAAGAAAACCCUGAAUUUCUACUGGCCCACGCUUACACCCGGUACCUCGGAGACCUGUCUGGCGGCCAGGUCCUGGGCCGGAUCGCCCAGAAGUCCAUGGGGCUGAAGAGCAACGAGGGUCUGUCAUUCUUCACCUUCCCCGGAGUCUCCAGCCCCAACCGGUUCAAGCAGCUCUACCGCAGCAGGAUGAACAGCGUGGAGUUCACGGAGGAGCAGAGGAGCGGCGUGCUGGAGGAGGCUGUCAGGUCCUUCGAGUUGAACAUUCAGGUAUUUGAUGAUUUACACAAGCUUCUGAGUGUCACUGAGAACCAGCAGCAGAACAAUUCCACACCCUCCAAACCAGUGACGACUGUCCAGAUCCCUGGAGCCAUCGCAAACAUCUCCCCUCUGCUGAGGCUUGUGCUGGGACUCUUUGUGGUUCUGGCUACUGUCAGUGUGGGAGUCUAUGCUUUUUAGAGACAAAACACAAUCAUACCAAGACUUUGCACUGAUCUGAUGCUGUUCGGAUUUUCAGUCAAAAUACUGUGGAAUACUUUUUUAAUUUAAACAAUGUACAUAGUCUUUCUCUGCAACACUUACAACGUAUGUGUUAAACAUGUAUUACUUAAAUACUGUGUUAUUUUUUAACAAAAUAUUUGUUGAAAGAAAAUCCUGUUGUUGUAUGUGCUUCAUCAGACGGGUUUCAUAGAGCUGAUGUUCAUCCUCCAGCUGGUUUGACAUUUCUAAUAUUUUUUCAUCUGAUUAUGUGCAGGCUGCUCAUCUGGCCUUUGGUCAUGUAUUGGUCCCUGUUCAUGAGAUCACACAAUAACAGAAAUACACACAGACUUAUUUCAUCCCUCUUCUCUUCAGGCUGGCACUUAAUGAAACGAGCACUGGUGCUAAUGAUUCUUACUGCAGCCAAAGAAGUGUUUUCACCCCCAUCUGUUGGUUGGUUUUUUAGUUAGCAAGUUUGCACUAAAACAACUGAAUGGAUUUCCACAAAACUUGGUGGAAUGAUGUGGUAAAUGAAGAGAAGAACCAAUUAAAUCUUGAUCCAGUUGUUUAACAUUACGAGAUACAGGGUUAUUUCAACAUUUUCCAAUGGAAAUAAUUUAUGGAUCUCGAUGAGAAAAAUCCGGCACAUUUAGGAAACUGACGAAUGUAAAAGUGGAAUUUGAUUGAAUUUAAGGGGACUGUUGGACCUUGGCAGUGGUAUGACCUCUACUAAGAGCUAUUUUAGUUAUUAUUUAUGAUUCAUUUCUCAAGUACCCUUUCUCUCACUCAUUGUUUUGUGAUAAAUUAGACAAUUGCUAAUAAAAUCAAAUUUAGACUCA